GCACCAUGGCCGAGGUGCUACCCACCCUGCUCUGUCUGGGGUGGUGUCUCGGCUGGAGUGUGUGGGCACAGAUGGGAAAUCUCCUCCUGCCUACUCUCAUGGCUUUGCCAGGACGCUUCGUUUUGAAUAUGACUCCGGUGACCAUCCAGUGCCAAGCCCCCCUGGGAGCUGAGGCAACAGCUUUCAGAAUAUACAGAGAUGGAAGCUCUGAGCCCCGGGACACUGAGCAAGGGCCACAGCCUGAGGACACGGGCUCUUUGCAGAUCACAGUGAUGACCGCAGACAGGGCAGGGCAGUACCACUGCCAGUAUGAACAGCAUGGCCACUGGUCCCUGCCCAGUGUGCCCCUGAACCUGGUGAUGACUGGAGCCUAUGGCCAGCCGACACUCUCUCGCACCGCUGGCUCUGAGGAGGCUGCAGUGACUGCAGGGGCAGCUGUGAGGCUGCAGUGUGUCUCCACCAUCAGGUUUGAUGUGUUGGUUCUCAGUAAAGAAGAAGAUUCCACCAUCAGGUCCCAGAAAGCCGGUCACCAGGGCAAAGUUUGCCAGUCCGUCUUCUCCCUGGACAACAUCACCUCCACCCAGGCUGGGACCUACAGGUGCUAUGGUCACUUCCACACUGAUCCCCUCUUGUGGUCUUCGCCCAGUGACCCCCUGCAGCUGCAGGUCAGAGAAGCUCCUGGUAAACCUGAGUCCAACGAUCCCAGAACUCCCCUAGCAAUCCCAACUGCAACUACCUGGCUCCCCAGUCAGGUGGAGAAAGGAGGGCCUGUCCUGCAGCCCCUGUCUCUGUCUCAGAGUCCGCAGCCUGGGCUCCUUCUGCUGAGAACCGAGUGCGCCUGGGCCUGGCCGGCCUCGUCCUCCUGGUGCUGGGAGUCCUGCUGGUCGAGGCCUGGUGCAGCCAACACAGGAUCUGCCCUGCACCCAGAGGAGCCCCCUGAGCUCAGACCAGCCCGGGAGCCUCUGUCAGCAUCUCAGGACUGGGCCCUGGAGUGGGGGGAGCAGUGGUGAGUCUCUGGUCUGAGAGCAGGCUCUGCAGUGUGUCCCCAGGCUGCUGUCCCCUGGCUCCUUUCUGGUCUCUUUCUUCCUGAUUCUUGAGUCCCAGCAUCCUGCCUUCAUCCCCCUCCCUCUGCAAUCCCUGCUAAGCUUCCCUGCCCCUCCUCCCCUGGGCUUCUCCUCCUCCUCCUGCUUCCUGUCAUUAAUGCCUCAGGGCACACCCCACCUCAGCCUCCUUGUCCCCAGGUCCCCGUGCUCUAAGCCCCCCUCACAGGAAAGACAUGGGGUGAAGGCUGAGUGAUCUGAGAAUGAGCCCAGGGCAGGAUGGAGACACAGGAGAGAAGCCCCAAAACUCUUCUCACAGCCUAAGGACACUCCUCCUUUCUCUUCCCAGUUUUGGAGUCCUCUCAGAGCUCAGGCUUGGUGCUGUUUUUCUUGAAGUUUUUUUGAAAACCCCCAGGCCCAUCGAGUGUUCUCUGCAAGUCCUCAGUGAGCCUUUGCUGGGAAGGCCCAAGAGCAGCUCCGUGUGCUUCCUGCAUUUUGGUCCCUUGCCUUCCACCCCCUGCAAGGCAUCCCUGUUGCCUGGUCCUGUGUUGGUAUGCUUCACAUUGGUUUGGUCUCACUUCCCUGCCUCUAGGAAAUUUGGUUUUG